UUGAACAAUCUCGCGACUAUAAAUAAAACCCGCCAUUGCAAGAGCGUCAUUAACACAGCUGUUCCACACCGAGGAAGAGUCAACGUUACCACCACAAGAUGCAGAUCUUUGUGAAAACCCUCACUGGCAAGACCAUCACUCUCGAGGUCGAGCCAUCUGACACUAUUGAGAAUGUGAAGGCCAAGAUCCAAGACAAGGAAGGUAUUCCCCCAGACCAGCAGAGAUUGAUCUUUGCCGGCAAGCAGCUUGAAGAUGGGCGCACACUUUCAGACUACAACAUUCAGAAGGAAUCCACUCUUCACUUGGUGCUCCGUCUGAGAGGAGGUAUGCAGAUCUUUGUGAAAACCCUCACUGGCAAGACCAUCACUCUCGAGGUCGAGCCAUCUGACACUAUUGAAAAUGUGAAGGCCAAGAUCCAAGACAAGGAAGGUAUUCCCCCAGACCAGCAGAGAUUGAUCUUUGCCGGCAAGCAGCUUGAAGAUGUAAGGACACUUUCAGACUACAACAUUCAGAAGGAAUCCACUCUUCACUUGGUGCUCCGCCUGAGAGGAGGUAUGCAGAUCUUUGUGAAAACCCUCACUGGCAAGACCAUCACUCUUGAGGUCGAGCCAUCUGACACUAUUGAAAAUGUGAAGGCCAAGAUCCAAGACAAGGAAGGUAUUCCCCCAGACCAGCAGAGAUUGAUCUUUGCCGGCAAGCAGCUUGAAGAUGGGCGCACACUUUCAGACUACAACAUUCAGAAGGAAUCCACUCUUCACUUGGUGCUCCGUCUGAGAGGAGGUAUGCAGAUCUUUGUGAAAACCCUCACUGGCAAGACCAUCACUCUUGAGGUCGAGCCAUCUGACACUAUUGAGAAUGUGAAGGCCAAGAUCCAAGACAAGGAAGGUAUUCCCCCAGACCAGCAGAGAUUGAUCUUUGCUGGCAAGCAGCUUGAAGAUGGGCGCACACUUUCAGACUACAACAUUCAGAAGGAAUCCACUCUUCACUUGGUGCUCCGUCUGAGAGGAGGUAUGCAGAUCUUUGUGAAAACCCUCACUGGCAAGACCAUCACUCUUGAGGUCGAGCCAUCUGACACUAUUGAAAAUGUGAAGGCCAAGAUCCAAGACAAGGAAGGUAUUCCCCCAGACCAGCAGAGAUUGAUCUUUGCUGGCAAGCAGCUUGAAGAUGCGACACUUUCAGACUACAACAUUCAGAAGGAAUCCACUCUUCACUUGGUGCUCCGUCUGAGAGGAGGUAUGCAGAUCUUUGUGAAAACCCUCACUGGCAAGACCAUCACUCUUGAGGUCGAGCCAUCUGACACUAUUGAGAAUGUGAAGGCCAAGAUCCAAGACAAGGAAGGUAUUCCCCCAGACCAGCAGAGAUUGAUCUUUGCUGGCAAGCAGCUUGAAGAGAGCACACUUUCAGACUACAACAUUCAGAAGGAAUCCACUCUUCACUUGGUGCUCCGUCUGAGAGGAGGUAUGCAGAUCUUUGUGAAAACCCUCACUGGCAAGACCAUCACUCUCGAGGUCGAGCCAUCUGACACUAUUGAAAAUGUGAAGGCCAAGAUCCAAGACAAGGAAGGUAUUCCCCCAGACCAGCAGAGAUUGAUCUUUGCCGGCAAGCAGCUUGAAGAUGGCACACUUUCAGACUACAACAUUCAGAAGGAAUCCACUCUUCACUUGGUGCUCCGUCUGAGAGGAGGUAUGCAGAUCUUUGUGAAAACCCUCACUGGCAAGACCAUCACUCUGAGGGUCGAGCCAUCUGACACUAUUGAAAAUGUGAAGGCCAAGAUCCAAGACAAGGAAGGUACCCCAGACCAGCAGAGAUUGAUCUUUGCUGGCAAGCAGCUUGAAGAUGGCACACUUUCAGACUACAACAUUCAGAAGGAAUCCACUCUUCACUUGGUGCUCCGUCUGAGAGGAGGUAUGCAGAUCUUUGUGAAAACCCUCACUGGCAAGACCAUCACUCUUGAGGUCGAGCCAUCUGACACUAUUGAGAAUGUGAAGGCCAAGAUCCAAGACAAGGAAGGUAUUCCCCCAGACCAGCAGAGAUUGAUCUUUGCUGGCAAGCAGCUUGAAGAUGGGCGCACACUUUCAGACUACAACAUUCAGAAGGAAUCCACUCUUCACUUGGUGCUCCGUCUGAGAGGAGGUAUGCAGAUCUUUGUGAAAACCCUCACUGGCAAGACCAUCACUCUCGAGGUCGAGCCAUCUGACACUAUUGAGAAUGUGAAGGCCAAGAUCCAAGACAAGGAAGGUAUUCCCCCAGACCAGCAGAGAUUGAUCUUUGCUGGCAAGCAGCUUGAAGAUGGGCGCACACUUUCAGACUACAACAUUCAGAAGGAAUCCACUCUUCACUUGGUGCUCCGUCUGAGAGGUGGAAACUAAGCCUGUGCUAUGAACAGUAACUUAUUGUGAUGUGCUAAUAAAUAUUGGAUUGAUAUGUUCUCUGCAAUAAAUUCACUUGAUGAUAA